AUGGCUCUACGACCAUUAAUGAAGCUCCCAUGGUCUCAAGAACUGCAACCAUUACAGAUUCUUCAACUUCUUCUUCUUCUCUUCAUUCCUUCUUUACUUAUUUUAAAGCUCACUAGAUCAACCAAGAAACCCAAAAAUUUGCCCCCAUCUCCACCAAAGCUUCCCUUUAUUGGAAACUUUCACCAGUUAGGGACACUCCCUCACAAAUCUCUUAGAGCACUUUCUCACAAAUAUGGUCCUCUCAUGCUCAUGCAAUUGGGUUCUUCUCCAACUGUUGUAGUUUCCUCUGCUGAGGUUCUUGAAGAGAUGAUAAAGUCUCAUGAUGUUGUGUUUUCAAGUAAGCCCAAAAUGGCUGUCGGCGAGAAGCUUUUCUAUGAAUGGAGCAAUAUUGGGUUUGCACCCUAUGGUGAGUAUUGGAGACAGGUAAGGAAGUUUUGUGCACUUGAGCUUUUAAGUGUUAAGAGGGUCCAAUCAUUCAAUUUUGUGAGGGAAGAAGAAGUUGAUAUCUUGAUUAAGAAGAUAAAUCAUUGUUGUCAAAUGGGUAAGUCAGUUAAUAUUACUGAUUUGCUACUAAUUGUAUCCAAUAACUUGAUCUCUAGAGCUGCUUUGGGUGGGAAAUAUGAAGGAGAAGACAAUAAUGAGGGCAAAGUAGCACAAAUAACUAGGGAAUUGGUAGCAAUCUUUGGAACAUUUUGUGUGAAAGACUUCUUUCCAUUGUUGGGUUGGAUUGAUAGACUCACCGGUUUGCAAGGAAAAAUAAACAAGACUUCCAAAAAGUUGGAUGCCUUCCUUGAUCAAGUCAUCCAUGAACAUCUCAUGGCCAAGAAGGAUGAUAAGCAAUCAAAUCAAGAAGACUUUGUGGGUCUUUUGCUCCAAGCUCAAAAGGACUCAACCUUUAACAUCUCCCUCACUCACAACAACAUCAAAGGAAUCCUUGUGAGAAAUUCUAGGAUAUUUUAA